AUGCUGCGUAGGGCACCGCGGGCCGGGGAGUGGGUUGCGUGCGGCGCGAGGGCGGGCGGGUGCUGCAGGCGGGGGCCGGCGCGCGCCGCUGCGCCCGUGCGGCCGCCACCCGCCAGUCGCCGGCGCGCCCCCGGCCGAGCGCCCGCCGGCAUCGCGCCGCGUCGCGCCGCACGAGCGAGUGCGCCCGGCCCCGCCCGCGGCACUCGCCCGCCCGCGCGCCGCCCGCCCAGAACUACUGACGCGCCCGCAUCCCGACGGGGACCUCGCUCUUUGAGUUUCCCGCGCUACUUAUCACGGAAUAGGUGGUGUUACGUGAGAAUAGAGUAG